AUGCGACCCGUGCCUACAUGUCCAGUCUGCGCAGAGGGCAUCCGCCACUCAUGUAUUGAGAGUGGGCACAUCGAGGUAUGCCGCCAAUGUACAGUGACAUGGAGUCCCUGGAAACAAUACCAGUGCCCAAACUGUUUCCCGACACCCGGUGAGGCGGCCAUUUGGGACCAUUACUACAUGGUCGACUGGUUCUUGGACUACCAGGGAAAGAUUGCAGUAAGUGAAGAUGACGACGAGACGAUUAGUGAUUCCGGUAGCUAUAAGGGCCCCGUGGACUCUGAUGCCUUGCAGGCGGCGCAUGCGCUUAUCGAGUUGAACACGGAGUGGAGACAAGCCGAGGUCAAUCGGCCGAUGGGCGUGGCAUCGUUGAAGUAUAGCAAGGCUUCUCAGGCAGAGAUCCGGCAUGCGCUUGAGUGCAUCCAAAACCCACGCAACCGUCGUACUCGUAAAGGGAAGACCACAGCUGCAAUUCUGGCCCGUGAUCGUGAGCUAGCUAUAGAGAAGUAUGUCAAACUGAUCUACAAGACUGUGCCGCCCGGUGAGAACGAGGUUGAAACGGCGGUUAAGGGGAUUGAGGUACUUAUGAGCGAGCCCCGGAAUGAGCUUACUGACGCUGUUAAGGCCAUUCGCGUUGUCAAAGACGAAUGCCAGAACCUCACCGGUCAUGAUUACUGGGCUAGGUACUAA